GCCAGCGGGUUUCCGGUUCCGGGAGCAACGAACGGCCGCGGCAGCGACAGCUACCGCUUCAGAGGAAGCGUCUGCGGAGGAGGAAGAAGAGCAGGGCAAGGCGGGAGUCACAGGCGGGACCCUCGCCAUGGGUCCGCGGACCUAGAGCGGCGGAAGCUACCGGCCUGGUGCCGAGCUGGCCGCUGCUCCUUCCCGUGGCUUCCAUGGCUGAGGACUGGCUGGAGUGCCCAGCCUUGGGCCCUGGCUGGAAACGCCGUGAGGUCUUUCGAAAGUCAGGUGCCACCUGUGGACGCUCAGACACCUAUUACCAGAGCCCCACAGGAGACAGGAUCCGAAGCAAAGUUGAGCUGACCCGAUACCUGGGCCCUGCGUGCGACCUCACCCUCUUCGACUUCAAACAAGGCAUUCUGUGUUAUCCAGCCCCCAAGCCCCAGUCCUUACCUGUCCCUAGCAGGAAGCGGAAGAAACCUUCACGGCCAGCCAAGACUCGGAAACGUCAGGUUGGACCCCAGAAGGGUGAGGUCAGGAAGGAGGCCCCAGGGGAUGAGACCAAGGCUGAUGCUGACACAGCCCCAGCUUCACUGCCUGCUCCUGGGUGCUGUGAGAACUGUGGAAUCAGCUUCUCAGGGGAUGGUACCCGAAGACAGCGGCUCAAGACAUUAUGCAAGGACUGCAGAGCACAGAGAAUUGCUUUCAACCGGGAGCAAAGGAUGUUUAAGCGUGUGGGCUGCGGGGAGUGCGCAGCCUGCCGGGUAACCGAGGACUGCGGGGCCUGCUCCACAUGCCUUCUGCAGUUGCCCCAUGAUGUGGCCUCGGGGCUGUUCUGCAAAUGUGAGCGGAGACGGUGCCUCCGGAUUGUGGAAAGGAGCCGAGGGUGUGGAGUGUGCAGGGGCUGUCAGACCCGCGAGGACUGUGGCCGUUGUCGAGUUUGCCUUCGCCCUCCCCGCCCUGGUCUCAGGCGCCAAUGGAGGUGUGUCCAGCGGCGCUGCUUACGGCACCUUGCCCACCGUCUCCGUCGCCACCAUCAGCGAUGUCAACGACGCCCUCCCCUAGCUGUGGCUCCCCCUGCUGGUAAACGUAGCCGCCGCAGAGGAGGCUGUGACUCCAAGAUGGCUGCCCGGCGGCGCCCCCCCCGGACCCAGCCACUGCCUCCAGUUCCCCCAUCACAGCCUCCAGCGUCUCCAGAGCUGCACCCCAGAGCCCUGGCCCCCUCGCCACCUGCCGAAUUCAUCUAUUACUGUGUAGACGAGGACGAGCUACAGCCUUACACGAACCGUCGGCAGAACCGUAAGUGUGGGGCCUGUGCAGCUUGCCUGCGCCGGAUGGACUGUGGUCGCUGUGACUUCUGCUGUGACAAGCCGAAAUUUGGGGGCAGCAAUCAGAAGCGCCAGAAGUGUCGUUGGCGCCAGUGCCUGCAGUUUGCCAUGAAGCGGCUGCUGCCUAGUGUCUGGGCAGGAUCUGAGGAUGGAGCAGGGCCGCCCCCACCGUACUCUCGUCGAAAGAGACCUGGCUCUACUCGACGGCCCCGUCUGGGCCAGAUACUGAAGACCUUGACCACACCCACAGUCAGAUCAGGCCGUGCCCAAACUCCAAUGAAACAGGAAACGGGCAGUGGCUUUGUGCUACCCCCACCUGGCACUGACCUUGUGUUCUUACGGGAAGGUGCAAGCAGUCCUGUGCAGGUGCCUGGCCCUGCUACAGCUUCCACAGAAGCCCUCUUGCAGGAGGCCCAGUGCCCAGGCCUGAGUUGGGUUGUGGCCUUACCCCAGGUGAAGCAAGAGAAGGUGGAUGCCCAGGAAGAAUGGACACCGGGCACAGCCAUCCUGACUUCUCCUGUAUUGCUGUCUGGCUGCCCCAGCAAGGCAGUAGAUGCAGGCCUGCCACCUGUGAAGCAAGAGCCAUUGGACCCUGAGGAGGACAAGGAGGAAGAGAGCAAGGAUGACUCCGCCUCCGACUUGGCCCCAGAGGAGGAGGCAGGAGGGGCUGGCACACCCGUGAUCACGGAGAUUUUCAGCCUGGGUGGAACCCGCCUCCGGGACACAGCGGUCUGGUUGCCAAGUCUGCAGGGCAGGCAAUCGGGAAGGGAAGAUGGAUGUAAAGUGUGGGAGACGGAGGACACUUUGGCGUGCACGAGCAAGAGCUGGAACCGGCGAGGAUGGCCUAGAACCCAUGUCAGUGUCUCACCAUCUCCAACUGCGAUAAUGUGGGUGUCCUGCAGAAGAAGCUGGUGCCCUUCAUCACAGAGUUAAAUACUCAUCUGGCCCAGGAGUUAGAGAAGCAGAAGGAAGAUCCAGGGGAAGUGGAGCAGCUGCAGGCCUGACUGCAGGCCUGACUGCUGCCCCACACCAACGAGGUGAGCCAGCAGAUAAGUGACAACAUGUGUGAACUGCAACAGUGCCUGGUGCGCCUGCACCAACCUUCCGAGUGUAAAAACAGUAUGCUGCUGCUUCACUUCUGUCCUCCAGUUACCAUGCAAACUGUCUCUUGUGGCCCAUCCUAACCGGAAGCAUACAGGGAAGGGAGUUCUGGGAAACGUAGCCUAGUCAAGGUGACACAUUACAAAGCCACCCUGCCAUGAAUCAGCUCCCAAGGGUCUCACUGCUCACCUGAGGAUAACUUGAUAAAGCUGCGUUGCUGGAAAUGCAAAGCUGAAGACCAUGGAUUUCAUGGUGACCCCAGCAAGUACAGAAAUACUGUCAAGCCUACCCAGAAAAAAACUGGCUGGUCUCGGCUAUUUUUGUGUCAUUCAUUCAAGUAAUGAGAACCUGGCCCAUGGUAGGCACUGUACUUGAUACUGGGAUACAGGAAUGAAAAAGAUACAGUCCAUGCAAUUUUAUUAAAUAACAUAAGUAUGUAUUACAAAUGGUGAAUGGAUAUCCAACUUUAUCAUGGAAUUUAAUGGUGAAAAUAGAGAAUUCAGGAAACUGUCGGGAGGAAAGCUCUUGCGUGAACCUUGGGGCACAAUAGGAAUUGGAAAUAAUAUAAAUAGUUUCUAUCUCUGAGCUGUUCUAUUUUAAAAUUAUUUUAAAAUGAUUUUGAUUGUCCCGUUUACUGUUUUAUAUAUUUAGUGUUUCUUUGGGGAGUGUCUUGAUGGUGUAACAGUGUUGACUCUGAGAAAGUGGGAUGGUGGGUGGCAAGAUCAAGGUCAGGUUCUGUCGAAGGACCUUGGGCCAACCACUUCUCUAGGCCUUGGGGCUUGGCUGAAGGUGGAGGCUCACCGCUGGUCCCGGUCCCGCCCCUCCACCGUUUUAAUAGGCCCCCGCCAGGGGGCGCCGGGGCCGCGGUCAUCCCACCACUGCUCUGGGAAGACGCAGCCCCUCACCCCUGGCCAGGGCGGCCCGGGGGCGUGGCCUCCACCCCGGCCGAGACA